ACCGCGGACGGGAAGGGCAACAUCAACAUAUUUUUUUGUCGUAUGCAGACUCGCCUUGCAUAAAUUAUGUUCAUAACGUAGUGCUAACGAGCAAUGUUUAUCGAAGCUGGUACGUUCUUUUUAAUUACAAAGGAAGCUCGGGAAGGCAAUUUAUCUAGGAGUUUAGCAGCUCCAAACGUUUCCAUCAUAUUGAGGAAAACUAUGAAGAAAUAAAACAAAUGGAGAUGUUUCUCAAGGCCCGCUUUUUAUCGAUGCAAAUGCUCCCUCCUUAACCAGUAUACUCCUUGCCGCUCGGCUCAAUUGAUGGGGAAAAAAGCAAAACUUGACUUUUUUUUUCUGGUCCUUUAACUCGCUUCAAACAAGACAAAAAAUUGUUCGCAAACAGGCGGAGACAGUUUCCGAGGCACUUUGCUGAAGCCGAGGCAUGAAUAAAUAACGAAUGCAAGAAGGCAGACCAAACUGUUUCUUUCAGUGAUGUACAAUGGAAACUGGCAGUCUGGCAGAGCAAGGAGAUAAUUUGUAUAUCACAAAGCAGGCUACUGCGAUGACUGUCCAGGAAAUCACCAAAGUUUCAUCAAGGAAAGUGGAUGUUCCAUCCAAAGUAGGGGGUGACGCAGAACCUCAAAGGAUUGUUCUUCCAGCGGCAGUAGUGGGCGAGGAAGGCAAUGACGGCAGUGUUUCCAUUGAGGUGCCGAAAGAACUCAACAACUGUGUGCAGGAGAACCAAAGCCACGGGUCUAGUGAACAAACCGGGAUAAUGCCAGUGAAUAAAAUACAAACCAACAGGGUACAGCUUCAAGCACAGCAGACUGUGCCCAUCUCAGUACCAACAAUGACUCCGUUUCUGACAUCGGAAAACCUGGCGACAGUGGUGAUGGCUUCAGCAGGAAGUGUCCCAUUAAACCAGUCUCUUCUCAUUCCGCUCAACAUGACAAGUCCAAUAAAUGCACAACAGGGACUUGUGUUUACUAUUCCCGCAGCACCUCUUGCUUCUCUCCCAGGAUUCACCCCUGCCACUGGUGCAGGAGGCAUUCUCAAGCUUCCUCUGCCCAACACACAGGCUACAUCCUUGUUGAAUACCACACUCCAGAGGGCACAGCUUCAACAGACCCUACAACCUCAGCCUACUCUACCGAAGCAAACGGAAACACAAGCUCAGAUUACUUCCAUUAACACACCUCAAGGCCUGACUUUAAAUCCCACAAUCCUCAGCAGUCAAGCUCAACUUGUUGCCUCUUUGACUGCUACACCAGUUAUUGCCAAUGCCAUGCAUGGUUUUCAGGGAAUUAUGAGUCCGAUCAUAACUAAUGCACAAGGACAGGUCAUAGGAACUCUUCCCUUAGUCAUGAAUCCAGCUACAAUAUCAACAACCAAUACUGUGACAGCAGUACCAGCACAGAGCCUACAAGUGCAAGCAGUCACACCACAGAUGCUACUGAACGCACACGGUCAAGUGAUUGCGACUGUGAUCAGCAACCAGUUUGUACCAGUUCUCAGCCGACAAGGGGGCCUCCUCUCCCCUGUAAAGACGUUACAGCAGGUACAAGCUUUCCAGCCAAUUGCUACCGUUGCACCACCCAACGUGACACCAGCCGCAUCCUCUGCACCGACUGAACCUCCCGUUACUUCAAGAAACACUCUUUCCAACACUCUUUCCAAUGCUAGUGUUGGACAACUGGUCAGCCAGCCUCAGAAUGCACCCACUGAGGUGGACGGAAUAAACCUGGAAGAAAUACGUGAAUUUUCAAAGAACUUUAAGAUCCGACGGCUAUCUCUCGGGCUGACACAGACACAGGUUGGACAGGCGUUGAGUGCAGCAGAGGGACCUGCCUACAGCCAGUCAGCUAUCUGCAGGUUUGAGAAAUUGGACAUCACUCCUAAGAGUGCGCAGAAGAUCAAGCCGGUGCUUGAAAGGUGGCUGACAGAAGCAGAAGUGCGGCAUCGUGCGGGCAUACAAAACCUCACCGAGUUUGUUGGCAGCGAACCUUCGAAGAAACGCAAACGCCGCACGUCUUUCACACCGCAGGCCCUGGAAAUCCUGAACGUCCAUUUUGAGAAGAACACCCACCCCACCGGUCAAGAAAUGACAGAGAUAGCCGAGCAGCUGAACUAUGACCGAGAGGUGGUCAGAGUCUGGUUCUGCAACAAGCGGCAGACUUUAAAAAACACCAUCAAGAGAUUGCAGCCGAACGACUCGACGGAAUCGGGUUCAGGCGAACCAUUACUGGACCCCAAAGUAAACACUGCUGGAACGGGCUGAUGUGCGGAAGAUUCUUUCAGUGAGUCGUUGCAAAGUUUUUACAAAUAGUACAAUGAGGAUCAUUUACAGGGUAAGGGCAAAGCUGAGAACCACAGAUUCCUGCAUCCGUUCUCUCCACUAAAGCCCACUGUGGUAUGCUGCCACGUGAAUGGAACCAUUAUCACUAAUUGUACGAUAACUAACGUAGAUGUGUCGUGCAUACACGUUUGCAUAAUUUGUUUUGUGGUCCUCGGUUAGAUCAAAUGUCACAAUCAGUUACAAUGGCCCUCCUACGUCCUGUUAAAUUGACCUUGUGGCGACAGUAAGCAUCUCUGAUUUCUUAUCAGUGAGAAGACGUAUCUAUUAAUACUGCUUUUCAAAUAAGUGCUAUGUAAAAUAAUCCAUAGGGGAAUUUAAAAUAUUUAAAUCCAGCUUUGCCAAGGGUCAGCAAAUUUACCAACAAGAUUUGAUCCUUGGUCUGGCACAUCAUCUGAUCGCAGCCAGAGAUGACACUUGAGGCCUUGAGCGAGAGGCAGGUUGGACUUCAGUUACUGGAGCAUCAUUAUAGGGACCAUGACCCAAGUCCAUGAUAUGGACCUGGGUCAUGUUGGAUAUAUUUGUGGCAGUCAGCUGUGGAGGGAACUAGGCUCACCCACGGUCUUAUAACUACUGACAUUCAGGGCUUGAUUUUAACCCCACACAAUUCAAUUCAAUUAAUACAAUUCAAACCAGUGCACCUUUACCCACCACAAUACAAACAGAAGCAAACAUUAAACCAAUAAAUCUCCCACCUAACUACAGCAAAAUACUUAUUGGCCUAAUGUUUGCCUGUAAACGGAGGCGCCAUGAUUGAUGCACUUUGAAAUUUGAUGUGAUUUUAACUGACCAACACCUUACACCCAGAUUGGCAAGAUCAUUAAGGCAACCCAUGCAGGUUUAGUUGAUAUCCAGAUUUCUAAAAGUCUGAAGAAAGCUGCUCUUUCACUUUGUUCUGACUUGUGAUUCUUUGAUAUCACUGAUGUCUUCGGCCUUUAUGGUUCUGGUCAUCAUGUUACAGGAAGUAUGUUUUCUUUCACAUUUUGUUUUUGGAUGUUGUUGGUGGCAAGACCAGCAUUUAUUGCACACCCCUAAUUAGAACAUAGAACAGUACAACACAAUGCCAAGACCAACUCUUCUC